UAUGAAGAUGUUUGUUCUGAAUGUAUUUUAUGUGUGCAUUGGAUAUAUGUGUGUGUGUCUUACUGAAAGCUAUGAAAAGUGUCCAAAAGUUGCCAUUAAGUGCAACUAUGUUCAUAAUAAUAAAGUGACAUGCAGAAAUUUGCAUUAUAUUCCAAUGAUAAAAGGAUUUGUUUUGACUCUGGAACUAAGAUGUUGUUAUUUACCGCAUAUGACGAGACAGACUUUUCAAAACAUUUCAUCAAACAAAAUCAUUCACUUGGCAUUUAAGAAAUAUAAUUCUGUACAGACAAUAACAAUUGAUGCGUUUAAAGAUCUAACAUAUUUGCAAAGUUUAGAAAUUUCAUGGGAAAAACAAUUUGAUGUUUUACAUUUCAAAUCAUCAUUGAAAAGUUUAAACGUAUCGCUAUUGAAAGAAUUGUAUUUUGAACGUAACGAUUGGAACUCACUACCGGAGAGUUUGUUUGCCAACUUAGCUGGAUUUAAAUUGUCAAUAAUGUCAUUAAGUGAAAAUAAUUUUGAAAUAUUUAAUGCCUCAAUAUUUACACCAAUAUCUGGAUUGAGGAAGUUCGUUUGCAGAAAAUGUUCUAUUACAGAUGUAAAUGCUAAUGGGUUGAAGACAGUGGAAGCAAUUGACUUAACUAGUAAUAAUAUAAUUAAAAUACCAGAUUUUUGUGAUGCAACAGAAAAGCAUAGUCUCGCACCAGUGUUAAAAAAUUUAACACUUUCAGAAAAUGCAAUUAGAUUCAUAUUACCAGUUUCAUUUAAUUGCUUACAAAGUCUGGAAAUGUUAGUUCUCGAUGGUAACAUAAUGACAGAGUUGACAACAAACGGUUUUUCUAUGUUGUCAAGUCUUAUUAGAUUAUCUAUUAAUUCUAUUCCGCGACUUAAAAAAAUUCGAAUGAAGGCUUUUAAUAAUACGUCGCUUCGCAUUUUACAAUUUAGACAAAAUGGUUUUCGAUUCGAUAACGAUAAUUCGUACCAUUUCCGGGAUCUGUUUAUUAACACCACAAACUUGCGAAAUCUGGAUUUAAGUAAAAAUUACUUGCCUCAUAAAAAACAGCAUUUACUGCGGAUUCUUUCCCCGUUGAAAAAGUUGCACCAAUUACAUAUGGAAACUACUGGACUAGCAGAAAUUCCAGAAGGACUAUUACAAAACAUGCCAUUUUUAAAAGAAUUAAAUCUAAUUGGCAACAAAAUAGCUCGAUGGAAUCCAUCAACAUUUGCAAAUAUGACAAGUUUACGAAACUUGCAUUUGGAUGGAAAUUUAAUUAACAUUAUAAACAAAACAUCAUUUCCAACAAUGUUGUUAAAUACAAUCGAGGUAUUUGAAAUUUCAAACAAUCCGUUUUGGUGUACAUGUGAUCAAAGAUGGUUUUUGAACAUGUUGCGGUCAACAAAUAUUACAAAAAAGAUACGUAAUUGGCCUAAAUUUUACUCUUGUGCAUAUCCUGAGAAUUUAAAGAACUCGUUACUUGAUAGUUAUAGACCAUCAGAGGCAGAAUGCGGAAUCAAUUAUUUCACAUCCAUUAUUAUUAUAUCUGUUUGCUCAGUUUUAAUUUUUGUAUUUUUCUCAGCGCUAAUAUUGUAUAGAUGUCACUUUAACUUGAAGAAUUUGAUUUAUUUUGCCCGUGUUCAUCACCGUAUUAAAAAAGGUUAUUUAAAACUAUCGUCCUGCGACGAUUUCGAAUUCGACGCUUUUGUUGUUUAUUGUGAAUCUGAUCGACAGUGGGUACAUAAUGAACUGAUCAAAAGAUUGGAAGAUAAUGAACUGAAAAUUUGUAUCCACCAUCGAGAUUUUCAUAUUGGAGAACCAAUUAUAAAUAAUAUUGAGAAAUUCAUGAACAAAAGUUGGAAAAUUAUCGUGGUUAUGUCCAAUGAUUUUGCAAAAAGCGAAUGGUGUCUUUGGGAAGUGAACUUAGCCUUAGAGAGAAGACGUCGCCAAGGCAAGGAUGCGUUAGUUUUAAUAAUGUAUCAUCACAUUGACUCUAAUCACAUGACAAGUGAACUAAGAACACUUCUAAACACAACCCCACAUUUAAUAUUUACAGAGGGUUUCGGUGAACAUAUGUUCUGGAACGCUGUCGUUAACGGUAUUAACAAGUCUUUGAUGUUACCACCAACGGCCAUUUUAUGAAAAAGCUAAAACUGUUAUUUGAAUAUUAAUAUUUCAAAUCGACUAUUGUAUGUUUU